CUGGCUGAUGGUGGCUCAGAGGGACGAAGGCUCGCUGCGCUCCAACUCCUUCCUCUGCUCCCGGCACUUUGAGUCGUCCUGCUUCACGCUGAGCGAGGACGGUCAGCUGACUCUCUCUCCUGACGCUGUGCCGACCAUCAUCACCGCGACAGCCGAGGAAGACGAGGUUCCUGUCCCUUCAGAUGAAGACUUCCUGUGUUCCAACUCCCUGGAGGACCUCCUCUCUUCAGCUGCUGCGGCUGCAGACACCACAGACCCGUCGGCACCAGUCUGCCAUCGCUCUGAAAUACCAGUGCAGCUGCAGGAACACCAGUACUGCCUCCCUGCUCCUGCUGCCGACCCCAGGGAGUUCCUGCCAGUGAGAGAGGAAAAGAGGAGAAAGACCAUCAUCGAGCAGAGCUUCUCCACAUACAACCAGAUCGCCAGGUAUCUGAGCCACAGGGUCGUUCCCAUGCAGAGCAAGAAGAGCAGAGGUGCUCUGAAGAGGAUGGCCAAGCGCUUUGGACUUAUAGAUGGAGUGCUGAUGUUCACCCGGGUCUCUCCACCGCUCAGAGUGCCACGCAGCCGAGAGGAGGUGAACACCAUCCUGCAGCAGUUCCACGACAACCAGGGUCACUACGGUCAUGGCAUCUGCCAGCAGGAGAUCACCAAGCACUUCUACUGGAGCAGCUUGACCCGGGACCUGGCCUCCUGGAUCUCCAGCUGCCACACCUGCCUCAACAGAACCAAGAGGAAGUGGCUCCGCUGCAGCGUCCACAGCUGCAACCACUGCUGUGGGCCGGUGGAGAGGGGCCUGGGCCUCGCCUUCCACAAGUACGAGUCCAUGUCUCCUGGUCAUCGUGCAGCAUGAGAGGAGAACAGAGCUGGACAGCAGCAAUGAAUCGGUUGAAUUUCAUUUGUAUGAAGUCAUGUGUAAACGCUGCUGGUCCUGUUUUAGUUUGAAAACUCCGGGGGCUGCGUUUUAAAUCUGGACAAACAGAAACAGAGAUGUUUGGAAACAAUGACAAACCAGCCUCAGCAGCUCUUGCUGAUUGGGCCUUUCACUCACUAGCUUACUGAGUUAAAAUCAUUGUUUUUAUAUCAUCAAAUAACUAAUUCAAACCAAACUGAUCAGAAACUCUUGAACAAGCAUCACCGUGAGAAG